CCUCCCUUGCCGCUUAUCCUGUUGGAGUUCCAUUUUCUUGUGACGAGGGGAGAAAUGCUGAGGGUUCUUGCGAGGCGAUCGUGGAGGCAACUCCAACGGCGCCACCACCAGGCGGCGAUGCCCUUCUGCUCCGCCGUCCUUCCCGACGGCAUCGACCGGAGCUCCGACGCUUUUGCCUGUAAUUCCGCCGCCGUACAGGACGUUAUCUCGCAACUCCAAUCCAACAUCCGCCAGGUUCUUGGCGGCGGAGGCCCCCGAGCCGUGGAGAGGAACAGGAGCCGCAACAAGCUUCUUCCCAGGGAGCGGAUCGACCGGAUGAUCGAUCCUGGGUCGUCGUUUCUUGAGCUAUCUCAGCUUGCAGGUUUUGACCUGUACGAAGAGUCAUUACCAUCUGGGGGAAUCAUUACUGGAAUAGGACCUGUACAUGGGCGGCUGUGCAUGUUUGUGGCCAAUGACCCCACUGUCAAGGGUGGGACAUAUUACCCAAUCACUGUAAAGAAGCAUCUUAGGGCACAAGAAAUUGCAGCCGAAUGCAAGUUGCCAUGCAUAUACCUUGUUGACAGUGGAGGUGCUAACCUUCCAAGGCAAGCUGAUGUUUUUCCUGACCGAGACAAUUUUGGUAGGAUAUUCUAUAACCAAGCAAAAAUGUCAGCUGAGGGUAUACCCCAGAUUGCUCUGGUUUUAGGUUCUUGUACAGCUGGUGGAGCUUAUAUACCUGCAAUGGCUGAUGAAAGUGUGAUUGUGAAAGGCAAUGGAACAAUAUUUUUAGCUGGCCCUCCCCUUGUUAAGGCUGCUACAGGGGAAGAGGUAUCUGCUGAGGAUUUGGGAGGUGCCUCCAUGCACUGUAAGAUAUCAGGAGUAUCUGAUCAUUUUGCAACAGAUGAGAUUCAUGGCCUGACAAUUGGGAGAAAUAUUGUUAAGAACUUAUAUAUGGCUGGGAGAGGGGAAAAUAGUCCACCAAGUAAUUCUUCUUCUUAUGAGGAUCCAUUAUAUGAUGAGAAGGAACUUACAUCGAUUGCACGUGUCGAUCAGAAGCAGCCUUUUGAUAUUCGAUCCAUUAUUGCUCGUAUUGUAGAUGGCAGUGAAUUUGAUGAAUUCAAGAAGUACUAUGGCACGACACUUGUGACAGGUUUUGCAAGGAUCUAUGGGCAGUCAGUUGGGAUAAUUGGAAAUAACGGCAUAUUGUUUACUGAAUCUGCUUUGAAAGGAUCUCACUUUAUCGAGUUGUGUGCACAACGUAAUAUUCCUUUGAUAUUUCUUCAGAAUAUCACUGGAUUUAUGGUUGGGUCUAAGUCUGAGGCAAGUGGUAUUGCUAAAGCUGGAGCGAAAAUGGUCAUGGCAGUUUCCUGUUCAAAGGUUCCUAAAAUAACAAUAAUUGUUGGUGGUAGUUUUGGUGCUGGGAAUUAUGGAAUGUGUGGACGUGCGUACAGUCCUAAUUUCUUGUUUAUGUGGCCUACUGCCAAGAUAUCUGUGAUGGGUGGCAAUCAGGCUGCCGGUGUCCUCGCCCAAAUUGAGAGGAGCAACAAGAAACGACAAGGAAUUGAGUGGAGCAAGGAGGAAGAGGAUAAAUUUAAAAGCAAGGUUGUGGAAGGCUACGACAGAGAAGCAAGCCCUUAUUUCUCUACUGCAAGGCUUUGGGAUGAUGGCAUCAUACACCCAUCUGACACCAGAAAGGUCAUCGGCCUCUGUCUCUCUGCCUCCAUUAAGCCCCAUCCCGAGGACACCAAAUACGGUGUCUUUAGAAUGUGAUCAGACAAUAUAACUGACCAAUGCACACCACCAUUACCAUCUAUCUGAUGUUCAUUGUUAUGUAUGCAGCAAAAAGAACAUAUAAAUAAAUUCCUCCCAGACUUGUUUAUGAUUGGAAA